AUGUUGCAGUACUCAAUACCAUCUCUCGGAUUUCCAAGACAAGCAAGAAAAGCUUUUAUGAUUUCUGUAAGUGAGUGUAUCCGGUGGACGGGUAUUACGAUUUUCGAAAUUUGGCUCCAUGCUGUUGGACUACUCACCUUUUCCGUUCUUAUUGUGAUGAAAAUUGAGAUAUAUUCGAGUCUGACCUAUUGGCAUGUGUUUACACCAUUGUUUAUCGCCACCGCACUCAAUUUGUAUUUCCUGUUUAUCGUCCUCAUACGAGCAAUUGUAGAGGAGAAACAGUGCAAAGAUCCUAUUUUGAAGCAUGCAUUUAGCUGGUUAAGACUUGUUAUGAUCGGGAUAUUUGAAGCUUUGUUAUGUUACAAAGUGAACGGUGACUUAGAAGAUGGGCAGGUGGCAGUUCAGUCUUCAUAUGGCAUUGUUUUCUUGCCUGUGUGGGUGUUAAUGGCUGCAUUAUGCUUUCAGGCAUUUCGUUUGCUAUGA